AUGGUCAACAACACCGUGAACGUCAGAUGCGCUGUUUAUGACCACAAUAACAGGUGGGCCAGAGAUGUCUCGCUCGUGGUAUCUUCCCAAACACUGGUCGCAGAGUUGAAGGAGAAGGUUAAGGAGGCUAUGGCGCCCGAUUUUGACUACAUUGCUCCGAGCAAGCUCACUUUGCGGAGGGUCAGCGACAUCAGGUCGGGCGACCUGGUGUCGCUCUCCCAUCACGACGUCGAAGACUUUACGGAUCAUGAGGAACUGCUCGUGUGGCUGCCUGAUCCUGCCAACGACAUCCCCUGCCACUACAGCCCAGGACUUUACCUCUUCACUUUCAAGUAUUCUGGCCAAGUUUCCAGCCAACCUGCGAAGGAUAUAGUGGACAUGGUAAGACCACCGCCGGAUGACGAGUCGAAGCUGUUACUCUCUGCCGUUGCUACAGUUCUCCCUCAACUCUUGACGAGAGAAGGCGAGAUGCACGAUUUCGCCAAGUUGUUCAAUAACUUAUUUGGCAAAACUAACUCUGCUCCUCCGUAUGUGGCCUGGAAUCUCGAGUUGGUCCAUUUUGCUUUCGCUGCUGCCUACUCGGUGUCACCGCGUGAGCAUGGUCAAUUAACGGAAGAGGAGACGCGUCGCCUGGUGCUCGACUGGUUCGAGACAUUCUGGAUGAAAGAAGUUGACAAGCUUGGUUGCGUUUACGAUCAGGCUAUCCCUUUCCCUAUUAUCAUUCAUCUAACCCAGGAAAACGAGAACCACAAGUAUACGCCGCAACCUGAUGCUACCUUCUUACAGCACAGUAUCCCUCGUUUUUUGGUCGAAAUCGAUUCGCACUGCAAGAAUCAGGAUGAGUACCGGCUCAAUGUUUACGCGGCGUGUGUGCUACGGCUCAUAGCGCGUCUCGGAGAGGAUGACCGCAUCAAAAACGAAUAUGACAACAAUGUUUUCCUCAUGGCAGUGUUCUUCUCUGAAAAACGGGAAAUAAAUCGCUACUUUUUCUUCAUGGAUGAUGAUGAUAAAGUCUGCCGUGAUCUGAAAACUUUCGAUAUGGGGGAUCCUUUUCAAUUAACGCAUUUCCUGCGUGAGUUCUACAAUUAUUCUACAUCGGAAAAGGAGGAGCCCUGA